AAGAAGUCUUAAAGUCACACUGUUUACGGCUUUCCUUUUUUAUUGCUGAUGAAGCUUGUCACAACGGAUAUGCCUGUUUGACUGUCAGGGUUGUGAUCAUGGAAAAGCAACCGUUAAACAGCAUCCUUGAUCAGUUUAUCAAUAGCCAUGAGCAGACGUAUGAAGAGUUUCUAGGCACGUUCACUUAUCUUUUGAAAGAUGAAGUAGAGAAGAAAUCCCAAGAAUCCGAAGUGGAUUCUUUAGAAAAAACAUUUUCCGUUCUUGAGUUACCAAACAGGAAUAAAGAGAGCGUCUUACCUGCAAGAAGCAAAGAAUCAUCAGUAUCUCUCUCAUCACAGCCUUUGGAGGAAGAUCAGGUAGUGAUGAGUGAAGGCUUGAAAGUUGGCUUCUCUAAGAAUUGUGAUCUCAGUUUGGCCAGAAGAGUGAAGGUGGAUAAUUACUCAGCUUUGGAAGAUUUUGACACUGAUGAAGAAUCUGGUCAAGAGAAAUGCAUUGGGUCAUUGGUGCUUCCAGGAGAAGUAGAACAGACGGUGGCAGGCUAUACACUUGAUCACACCAUUCAUUUAAAGGUCAAGGUCUUACCAGUUACACAGCCAUCAAAUAAUAAAACACAAGAGUUCCAGCUACUUGGGGAUGAAGUUUAUCCAUUCUCCCUUGAUGAAGAAUUUGACUAUGACAAUGUGGCAUUGACUCCGAAGUUCUCUGAAGCUGAGAUGAAGUCCAUGAUAGAUCUGUCUGAACAGAAGAAAAGGAGAAUAGACCUCAAGUCAGUACUAUCUGAAGACUGAGUCAGAUAUGCUUUGCAUUGUUCAUCUGUGGAUUAUUGUUUUUUAAGGAGAAAAUCUAGGUCCCUUCUGUACUCAUAGAAGGCUCUUUGGCUGUGGAAUCAGCAUAGUUCUGUCAGAGAACCUGAGCUAUGUUCAUACAAUCUAUGCAGCUGGAUGCACUGAAGUAGCUGCUACAUAUUAUUAUUUAUAUAUACUACCAUACUGCUUAGGAGUUCCACACAUAGUGACAAGCCAUCUACAAACAAAGAACAAAAAGAUGGUCCCUGUACCAAAUUGCUUACAAUUACAGCAUUGCAGCUGCACAGACAACAAGGGAGGAUUCCUUUCUGUCUCCUUUCCUUUACAUUUAUGUAUAAAGACUUGCUUAUGUCCUCAGUUGGAUGCUGAAAUUUGGAUUUACCCCUAAAUGUACAGAAUUCCUGCAUAUAUCAAUGGCUUUUAAAUGACUUAUUUGGGUCUUUGGCCCUACUUGCAGCUGCUUUGUUCCUGUCACCUAACAGUACAAAACACAACAGUGCCUAUAAGGACAGCCAAGGAUUCCCUUGUUGAAACCUGCACUGCUCUAAACUGGAGCUGUCCAACUCCUGAGCAGCCAGGGGCUCUAUGCAGUGGGGGCCCCCCCAUCCUGUGAGCCCUCCAAAUCUCAUGGGCUGUGCCACCCCCAACUCCAAGGGGCAUGUUGCGGAAGCUGGAGGAGGGAGAGGGAGCUCAGAUACCCCAGUGACAGCAUCAGUCAGAGAGAUGUGGGGAGUGAUGGUUGGGCGUGAACCCGUGGGCUGCAAAUUAGACAGCCCUGGUCGAAAUUAUUUUUGUUGAAAUUAUAGUUCCUUAGGGCCAUUAUAGGUUGCUGGGAGUCAGAGCAGCUCUCAGUCUACUUCAGCUAACAUUUGGUACUAGCUUUUGCUCUCAGCCAGCCCCUCCAUGGUUUCAGAGUUACCUCAGAGUUUGUUCUGGCGGAGGAUUCAGUCUUUAAUUUAUUUCUCUAACAUAAGAUUUAAAGGUACAGGAUCAAUGAUUUAACCUAAGGAAGAUUUUUAGAUUCUCACUGUGACCUCAAUUCCACAGAAUAGUAAAUAUUCCUAUGCUUUUGGUAAAAUUCUUCCUGAAGCUUCUCUGAAUUAAAUUGGUAAAACUCAUAUUUUUUGCCAGAAAAAUGUCUUCAGAGAAAAGAAACAGGUGGUAGUGAUCUCAGCCAUUACAGAUGCUUGCCUGGCAAGAAUUUAGACUGUAAAUACUGAUUUAUUUUAUAUUUGUAUAUUUUUUUAAUUCAGAAAAUUGUUGUGAGCUGUUUCACAAGUAGCAUAUUAGCACCAUUUGAAAUUCAGCAGCUUCUGGGAAGAUGAAGGAAAAGCGUAGCUUCCAGGCUAAGUACAGAGAGUCAAAAUGCCUGAGGCUGAAUUGAUUCAAUCUUCUUAGGUUACUCUAAAUUGCACAGAUUGAGCCAAUAAGUAAGUGAACAGGCAUUCACUUCUGAUUCUGGGAAUGCAGCCACAUGCCUGCAGUAGACCAAGUCAGAAGCUGGGGGGUGCUAGAGCAUGCCUCCCUGCUUGGAUAGAGCAGAGAGCUUGGGCCAAGGUUAGCUCACCUACCCUGUAAAGGGUGGGGAGGGUUCAGGGGGUUGCAAAGCAUCCUGGGAUGUUGAGGGACUGAGUUAACUUGAA